CCGCAGGAGCUGCCGAGGCCGGCCGGCCGGGCUCGGAGGGCGGCGCCGGCCGCCCCAGAGGCGCCCGCCGCCCCGCUCGCGGACGCGGGCGCGGCGGAGCCGGUCCAGGCGCCGCCGGAGGCCCUCGCCACGCCCACCGUCGUUGACCUGCCUGCGCCGCUCGAGGCACCCGCGGAGGCAUCGGCCGCCCCUCCUGCGGAGGUGCCGAAGCCGAUCGAGGCUGCUGCUGAGCCGCCCGCGGAUACGCCAGAGCCGCCAGAGUCACCAGCGGAGGCUCCUGCUGAGCCGCCCGCGGAUACGCCAGAGCCGCCAGAGGCACCAGCGGAGGCUCCUGCUGUGCCUCCCGCGGACACGCUGGAGCCACCCGAGGCACCAGCGGAGGCUCCUGCUGAACCGCUCGCGGAUACGCCAGAGGCACCAGCGGAGGCUCCUGCUGAGCCGCUCGCGGAUACGCCAGAGCCGCCAGUUCCUGCUGAGCCGCUCGCGGAUACGCCAGAGCCGCCAGAGGCACCAGCGGAGGUUCCUGCUGAGCCGCCCGCGGAUACGCCAGAGCCGCCAGAGGCACCAGCGGAGGCUCCUGCUGCGCCUCCCGCGGACACGCUGGAGCCACCCGAGGCACCAGCGGAGGCUCCUGCUGAGCCGCCCGCGGAUACGCCAGAACCGCCAGAGGCACCAGCGGAGGCUCCUGCUGAGCCGCCCGCGGAUACGCCAGAGGCACCAGCGGAGGCUCCUGCUGCGCCUCCCGCGGACACGCUGGAGCCACCCGAGGCACCAGCGGAGGCUCCUGCUGAGCCGCUCGCGGAUACGCCAGAGGCACCAGCGGAGGCUCCUGCUGAGCCGCCCGCGGAUACGCCAGAACUGCCAGAGGCACCAGCGGAGGCUCCUGCUGAGCCGCCCGCGGAUACGCCAGAGCCGCCAGAGGCACCAGCGGAGGCUCCUGCUGCGCCUCCCGCGGACACGCUGGAGCCACCCGAGGCACCAGCGGAGGCCGCUGCUGCGCCUCCCGCGGACACGGCGGAGCCGGCCGAGGCAGCAGUGGAGGCGCUCGCCGCCCCCGCCGCCAGCGUGCCGACACUGGCCCCGGUCCAGGCGUCAAGUGCCCCUCCCGUGGAGGCGCUGAAGCAGAUGAAGGUGCCCACCGUGCCUCAGCUGGGCGCGCCCCAGCAGGCCGAGGAGCCGCUGCCGAGCCCCCGCGGCGCCCCGCCGCCGCGCCCCGCCGCGCCCGCGGCGGGACCGCCGCCCGGCAGCGCUGGCAGGACGGCCACGGAGGGCUCUGCCGCCCCCAGCGUCGCGUCCAUCCUCCCCGGGAGCUACGCUGGCAGCCGGGGGACGCUGGCGUACUACGCCGGGCGCCUCGUGCGCAUGCCCGCCGGCGGGGCGGCGGAGCAGGUCCCCGAGGAAGAGGAUUCCGUCGACGGCUUCGGCUCCGACUCAGACUUCGACCCCGAGGAGUACGCCGACCUGGCGAGGGAAGACGAGUCCGAUCGGCCGGCGCUGUGGAGGCGCUCCUCCGUGGACGAGGGUACCGAGCAGGCGGCAGCUCGGGAGCCCGCGGCGCCGCAGGAGCCGCAGGCGCCGUCGGUGUCGCCGUUCGGGGCGUUCUCUGUGGCCGUGUUCCGACCGAACGCGGCCGUGAGCGUGGUGCCGAGGCCCGUCCCUCCCUCGCGCGAGAGCGUCCUGGCGGCCCAGGAAGAGGAGGAGAGGGCGAAGUUCGAGGCCACCAUGCCGUCCCUUGCUGAAGGCGGGGAGCAGUCGGACGAGGAGGCGGAGGCGGCCCCCGACGCGCAGGAUUCCGAGGAGGCGAGGCAGGUUGUGAAGGGGUCGCUGGAGGCGGCUUUAGGCGCGCAGGACGAGGAGGACGCCAGAGAUCGCACGAGGGCGGCGCUGGCAGUGGCGCUCUACCCGGCAGAGGCGGCCCUCUUCGGCCAGGCGCCGCCCGGCGCCGUCGAGCUGGCGAGCAAGCCAGAGGAGGCGCAGCAGGAUGGCCCGGAGGAGAGGGCCCGGGCGGAGACGCGGCACGCGCUCGAGGCCUCUCUCGGGGCGGACGAGGCGGCUAGGCUGGCCGCAGUGGAGGAGGUGCGGGCGGCGCUGGUCGCCGAGGGGGCAGCGGAGGCAGAGGAAGGCCCGGAGGAGAGGGCCCGGGCGGAGACGCGGCACGCGCUCGAGGCCUCUCUCGGGGCGGACGAGGCGGCUAGGCUGGCCGCAGUGGAGGAGGUGCGGGCGGCGCUGGUCGCCGAGGGGGCAGCGGAGGCAGAGGAUCCCGAAGAAGCGAGGCAGGUCGUGAAGGGGGCGCUGGAGGCGGCUCUGGGCGCGCAGGACGAGGAGGACGCCAGAGAUCGCACGAGGGCGGCGCUGGCAGUGGCGCUCUACCCGGCAGAGGCGGCCCUCCUCGGCCAGGCGCCGCCCGGCGCCGUCGAGCUGGCGAGCAAGCCAGAGGAGGCGCAGCAGGCGGGCCCCGGGGCGGAGCAGCCUCCCGUCAAGCCCACGGCCUCGGAGAAGGCCGCGCCGAAGGGCAAGGCGAAGGCGGCGGCCAAGCUUGCUCACCGCGAGGACCCGGGAGAGCGGAUCAGGGGAGUACCCAAGAUGGACCUUUCCCGCAGCACCACGAAGCUCGUGUUCCGUCCGCCCUUCUUGUACCCCCACACGGGAGAGGCAUAG